UUGCAGUCACAAUAUUGAUAAAAAAUAUUAGCGGGCUAAAAGGAAAAAAAUAGGCGGGCUAAAAGGAAAAAAAUAGGCAGAUCAUUUAGGGUUUAUGUUUCCAUAAUUUUUGGAGGACAGAUAGCAAUUGCCGUAUUACAGAAUUGAGGUAUUCCUCACAAUUACAGAAUCCCUCCACUACACCAUUACUUGUCCAUUAUCAUCUCCCAAAAGUUCUAAUUAAUCAUUCGCCCGGUGAAGAAUCAUCUCUAAGUUGAAGUUCUGAUUAAUCGUUCGCCGGUGACGGACGAAAGAUUUAGUAAUCAAGGGACUGCUACCCGGGUUAUUUUAUCAAAUUUAAUAAGUUUGUGGUCCGGUCCAUGGGAGAGCUGGAGACAUGUUCCUAAUGAGCACAAGACACGGUUAUUUGAGCGAUUCCAGAUGCAUUUCCAGUGGGAGGAUAAAUGGAAUGCACGAAUUCAUAGGUGCUGGGAGAAGUGCAUUGCUGGUAAAUUCCCUAAUUUGUUGCGGAACGUACGAAAUGAUGCUAAAGCUACAGCGAAAGAAAAAGGUAAAAAUGUUGGAGAGGAUAUGACCGAUCUUAUUGACUUUAAACCAGCAUGGAUAAGAUCUGAGAUAUGGAAACAAAUGCUUGACCACUGGAACACACCUAAGUGGAAAGCAAAGUCUUUAAGAAACAAAGAAAUUAGAGGUAGGGCAACUGGAGGCAAACAUACACUAGGAUCUCAAUCCUAUGCGAGCAUGAAAAGAAAAGCGGCUAAGAUACUUGGGCGUGAACUGUCAGUUCAUGAAGCGUGGAAGCAAUCACGCUGCAGGAAAGGAAGUCGACCAUUGGAUAAAGAUCUAAGUUGUAGUAGUUCACUACUUUUGGAUGUUGAUUCGGAAGGGAACACUCAAGAAGAAAAUAUUGUAUGGGUUGAUGAUAGGGCAGAGGAGACUUGGGUUAAAUAUGAUGGUUUUCUUGUGGAAAAGUACGGGAAAGAACGCAUUAAACAUCCAAAAUUUGAUGAAGACUUAUGGUCACGAGCUGCGGGCAUGAAUAAAGGAAAAGUGUACGGGUUAGGCAAUGUUAGUGACCCGUGUGUACAUAACAGAGAAGACCCUGAGAUUGAAAAGUUGAACUUAGUUAUCAAGGAGCUCGUUAAGACUAAUGAUGAAGAAAAAGAAAGGUUAGAUGGAAUUAUUGCAACGUUGUUGGCUGAAAAAGAGAAAGAUAAAGCGGAUAAAGAUGCUCUGCUCGAGAGGAUGUCACAAAUUGAAGCUAUGUUAACGGCUACAGUUCGAAAAUAGGCUAUAAACACUUGGUUUCGAAUGUUAUGAUGUUUUAUCAUAUUAGGAUACUUUUGGUUGUUUUAUGUUUUAGUUGGUAUUUUUAUUAGAAUGUUUUAUAUGCUUUUGAAACAGAGAUGUUUUAUAUAACUUUGGGAUUUUGUUAUUUUAUUAGACUUUUUAUA